AUGAAUUUCAUUAAAAAGAACAUAUUGAGUGGAAAACUUCCAACCACCCUAAGAAUAAAAUAUCAGUCCAUGAGCCCCACAAAAUUUUGCGUAAUAAAUCAUUUCAGCACAGACAAUGAACACAAAAGGAAAAGUGAUGAGAAAAGUGAAACAAAAAUGAAGCACGAUAAUGUUAAAGAAAAAAAACCAAAUGGAUUACAAAUCGACUGUGAAAUUAAGAGUCCUUUGAAAGAGUUUUUAAAUACUGACACUGCUUCAAGAGUUUAUGUUUUGAAGUAUGCAUGGAAAUAUAUUAAGGAAAAUAAUUUACAAAAUCCAAAUACAAAAAGGAAAAUUGUACCAGAUGAAAAGUUGAAGCAAGUCCUGGAAAAGGAUGAAGUGGAUAUGCUAGAGGUUCCCAAGUUGCUCUUCAGACAUAUGUCAUCCAUUCGGAAGGAUUAA